CUUCCAUGAAAACACGCGUGUUGCUGUUACGUUUACGUGUUGAUGAUUCUCUUGUUGAUGAGUGUUUCCUCUCAGUGUAAUGCUUAGGAUAGAGAUGAUAGACUGAAUGUGCCAGUGAUAUUUGGAACAUGGCAGAUAUUCCCCAACAUACAGCUGAAUCCCAGGUACAGGAGGACAAUCUGGAGCCAUUAGCCAAGAAACAGAAAUUAGAAGAAGGAACAGAUCCUGUUGUGGUUAAAGAAAAAGAAAUCACAGGGAGUGAAGAUGGAAGUCUCCUCACUGAGAAAGAUUGUGGAAUUACUGAGUACCUCAGUUCACAUCAGGGGUUCACUGGGGUACUGAAACAGAGGUUUUCAGAUUUCAUAGUCCAUGAAAUAGACACAGAUGGUAAUGUAGUGCACCUGACAGAUCUGUCUCUGCCACUGGAGAAGGAAGAGUGUCCAGAUCCAGGAUUAGACCUAUGCCCAUUCUUCUCUGCAGAAGACAUUGCUAAACUUGAGGAGUUUGUGACAAGAGAAGACAAGGCUGCCACUCUGACACUGCCAGUCCAGGAAGAUAAAGAAAUGAGAACCCAGAUGUACAAAACCUUGAAGAAGAAGUAUCCUAACUUAGAUGGCAGAACUGUGAAAAGUGAGAUAGGAGCAAGUGUCAUUGAGGUCUCUUUCAAAAAAGGGGAGAGUCGAUCCUCACAGGUAUGGCCUCAGAGCCGAGGAAAACACCUGAAGUUUGUACUGUACAAGGAGAACAAGGAUACCAUGCAGGCCAUUAGUCAAAUAUCCAGAUUUCUCAGGAUCAAGCCCAACAUGUUUUGCUAUGCUGGGACCAAAGACAAGAGAGCAGUGACCACACAGUAUAUAUCCUGCUUCAAAGUUGAUGCAAAAAGGAUCCAAGAACUCAAUCAGCAUACUGAUACUUUGGCCAUGGGAAACUUUAGAUAUGUGGAUCACCCUGUAACCCUAGGGCAACUGAAAGGAAACCAUUUCACUAUUGUAUUGAGGGAUGUACUAGGCACAGAUGACCAGAUCAAUGCUGGGUGGACGGCGGUACGGGAGACAGGACUGAUUAACUACUUUGGAAUGCAGAGGUUUGGUACAACAAUUGUACCCACACACCACAUAGGAAGAGCUCUGUUGCACUGUGAUUAUAAAGAGGCUUUGGAGCUGAUUAUGAAGCCAAGACAUAAACCUGGGGAGAGAAGCUGGGACAAACCGGAGCAGUGCAGACAGAAGUGGUCAGAGACGAGGGACGCUGGUCAGGCCCUGGCAGUCAUCGGCAGGUUUAACUGUGUGGAGCAGUAUGUGAUGACUGGACUGAAGAAACAUCAGGGGAAAAACUUCAAGGCAGCCAUACAAAUGAUUCCCAAGAACAGUAGAACCCUGUACAUGCACAGCUAUCAAAGUUAUAUAUGGAAUCAGAUAGUGUCCAGACGGAUACGACAGUUUGGAAUGAAGCCAAUGGCAGGCGACCUGGUCCUGGAUAGCGAUACUGUAGAUGGCGCUGACUGCGAUGUGGAUGAUUUGGAUGCUGUAAAAGAGCAAUCUCAGAAGUCAGGGGACACUGCCAGUCAACCCAGUGUAACAGUUCUCACAGAGGAGACCGCAGCCAACUAUACAAUUUAUGAUGUUGUCAUACCGUUACCUGGAUAUGGUGUUACUUACCCUGAAAAUGAAGUGAAACAAUGGAUAAGUGACCUGCUCAAGAAAGACGGAAUUGAUGCAGACACCUUCAAACAGAGUUUAAAAUCAUUCUCUGUAUCUGGUAGUUACAGGAAGAUGUUAGUACGCCCAGAGGGGGUCAAAUGGAGCAUCCAUCGCUAUGACGACAACACAAUUCCCCUGGUGCUCACAGACCGCGAUAGACUUAAUAAUGUGGAGCUACCCACACAAUCUGAGGAGGGGAAGUUGAAGGCAAUCAAAGUGGAGUUUAGUCUUCCUAAGGGUUGCUAUGCAACCAUGGUUGUCAGGGAGGCCCUGAAGAUGGAGACGUCCCAGUCCUUUCAGAUCAGUCUCAACAGAUAACACAGGGUUUUUCUUUAUAUUUGAGAAAGAAUUAUUGGAAGAGAACGUUUCAGGCAGGUCAGACAGCUGAGAGCAUUCAUGGAUAUUCCUCAGGUUUUUUAUGGAGGCAUUUCGGAAAUAUUUUAAGGAGACUUUUGAAAAGACAGAAAUGGCUGUCACAGUUGUUAUUUCUGGAUAGAAUGAACAGAGGACAAUCAACCAAAGUGUUCAGAUCUGUGUCUGGCAGGGACCAUAGUAGUGACAGUGACAGUGAAGAGUCCCAGUUCUCUCAGAUCAUGCUGUGUGGUGUAAUGCCACUGGUGUUCUUAACCCAGCUGGUGGUACUCACUCAGAAAGUGGCUACACAUCUCGGGUCCUCUUAAGCUGAAUGGAAAGCAGUAAAGACCUGCUUGAAUGUCU